GUAAUUUCUUGUUUGUCAUUCUCCGGUGUAGGUUCGAUCGGUGCAGCGCUUCGUAUUGUUGUAAUUAAACCGUGAACAAGUAAAUAGUUCUCAAAUUCUGUUAAAAUGGAAACUCUCAUGGGUAUUCGUGGUCCCGACUUUGUGAUGCUAGCCGCCGACUGCACGCACGCACAUUCGAUCAUGGUUCUAAAGGACGAUGAGGACAAGAUCCUGAAGGUCUCGGACAACCUGAUGCUGGCCACUAUGGGUGAACCGGGCGAUCGGGUUCAGUUUACCGAGUACAUUAGCAAAAACAUUCUGCUGUACAAAAUGCGCAACGGGUACGAGUUGGGCCCGAAAGCGGCGGCCCAUUUCACUCGCCGAAAUCUGGCCGACUACCUUCGUUCGCGUACACCGUAUCAUGUUAACAUGCUCGUCGGUGGAUACGAUGAAGUGGAUGGUCCACAGCUGCACUACAUCGAUUACUUGGCCAAUUCACUACCGGUGAAACACGGCGCCCAUGGAUACGGUGGAAUGUUCGUGAAUAGUAUCUUCGAUCGGUACCAUCACGACAAAAUCACGCAGAAGGAAGCGUACGAAAUUUUCCGCAAGGGUGUUACGGAAAUUCACAAACGUUUAAUUCUGAAUCUUCCCAACUUCAAAGUGGCAGUAAUAGAUAAGGAUGGCGUGAAGUAUCUCGAUGAUAUUACGCCCGAUUCCCUGAAGAAACCGUCUGCAGCAUAAGGGAGCAUUUUAGAUUGUGCUGGAAAUAAUUUGCUAAGGGGGGAAGGAUCAUUUUUUUCGCGUAUUUGAAAUAAAAUCAUUCACUAUGAUAUAUC